AAUCGUUUAAUUACCACUUCCGGACGUACCAUUUUGUAGUGACGAAGUGUAAAACCGUGAGCGUUGCAAAACUGUUUAAAGUAACUAUGGGUGCAGAAAAAAAUGCUUCGUGACAUUUAAAAUGUUCUGUUUGCCAUCAAGAUACUCUCAGUUUAGUGUCAAUCACAAUUGAGUGAAAAGUAAUCGCAGCAAGCGUGAUAUCAAUUUCUUCCGAUCAUUGACAGUUCAGUGCAAUAUUCAGUGUUCGAUCUCUAUAAAACAUGUCAUAGUGCUAUGCGAAACAAUCUCAUUUCCGUCCCGAGAUGUCUUCCAUAACGAUAUUGGCAUCUGUAGUGUGUUGCAGCGUUAUCUGCCUUUCAUUAUUACCGCAGCUAGUACACAGCAUCACACAGGAACAGUUGGAGAAAACAGCCCGGACCUUCCGACAGGUUUGCCAGCCGAAGCACAAAAUAUCGGACGAAGUAGCAGAUGCAGUUAAUCGUGGUGUGUUUGCUGAUACGAAAGAUUUUAAGUGCUAUGUGAGUUGUCUGCUGGACAUUAUGCAGGUGGCGCGGAAGGGAAAGGUGAACUACGAAAAAUCGCUCAAACAAAUUGACACGAUGCUUCCGGACCACAUGAAGCCGGCGUUUCGGGCCGGAUUAGAAGCGUGCAAAUCGGCCGCCCAAGGAGUUAAGGACCACUGUGAGGCGGCCGCAAUACUGUUGCAGUGCUUUUACAAGAACAAUCCAAAAUUUGUUUUUCCAUAGCGGACAAUGGAUAGAGAAAUAUAUUGUAUAUUUUAUAAUUAUAGUCA